UUCCCAGCCUACACGUCCCACAGUGCACCGGGCGUCCCCCCUCCCUCCUCCCCAACAGCGCUUUCCCUCUUCUCCUCUUCUCGCAGCCUGAGUUUCUGUCUAUCGGUGUUGUUGUUGAAGCGAUGAUGGCGGCAGCGGGAUGCGGAUCAGCAACCGCGGCUGCCGUCGUGGGCGCGGCGCGGGGACGCUUCCCCGGUCGGCCUUGGUCGUCGCGGAGCCGUUUGCGUUCGGAGAAGCGAUGGCAGCUCGGCCGCUCUGGGACGGAUCUUGACGAGAUCUCCUCCAACGGAGGCCCGAGGCCCACCUGCCUGGUGCUCGCGCUGAACGAGGACCAGUCUCACUUGUGCCUUCUCGGGCUUGAGGCGAGCUACAAGAGCCUGGUAGAGGCUGGAUACAGCUCGAGUGGGAGCGAAGAGGGAGCUGAAUUCAAAGGCUUUGAAGUUGAAGAUGAAAAUAGCAGUGCCCCGGUUCAUGCUGGACGAAAUGCAUGUAAACGUGAUCGUGCUUCAGCAAAGUCAUCAAAGAGGAUACAUCAAAGGCGGCGGGUUCUUCCAGUGUCUGCUUUAGUGGGAAGCACAUGUUCACAAGAUCCUCAAAAUGAUUCCGGUUCUGUUCAGCAACUCCAUAGUCAAGAGUCUCUGAAGGACACAUCAGUAGAUGAUGGUGGUGGUGGUGUUAAUGGAGGAUCAGAGAAGCGCACCAGGAGAAAAAGAGGAUCGACAAAACAGGAGACCCAGUCAGCUCCGAGAAUCACAAUCAAGUUGGUGGCUAAAAAGAAAGUGGUUACAGUCCAUUCAGUGCAACGUAAAUCUGGUAAAAAGCAAAAGGAAAUCAAAUCCGAAGUUACAGAGAGUCAGUGUGCCCAAAUUUCAAGUGCUCAUGUGAAAUUAAAGACAAAUGUAGCAGCCAGUGAAUGCAGUGCUGGUGAGGCUAAGGAGGAAGUUUGCACUAGAAGGCGAGGAAGAUCUGCUGACAAAAAAUCUGAAUCCACUCCACAAACAAAUCCUGAAAAAGAGGCCAGUGAGCAAAAACUGAAGCUGAGGAAAUCAACUCGAAGGUCUCAAAAUCCACUGCCCAGUGAAAGCAUAGAGCCAAAACCUGAUGAAAAGUCAGCACAAGAAGCAUCAGAGGUAAAUAAGCCUGUGUUAAGGAAGCAGCGCAGAAGGUCCUCAAAUGUUCUACUGGAAUCUGGUGACCAGAGUAUAGCAGAGUCGCUGUUGGAGGUCUCCACAAUUGACGAAUCUAGGCCACCUUCAAAGAAGAAAAAAAAGAGAAAGAAGAAGAAAAAUCGCAAAGAUUCUGAAAGGAAACGGGAGCCUCAUUCACCAGCAGCAAAAGAUCUUGGCUCUACAGUUGACGAUCCUCAAAAGCUUACUUUCGACAAUGAUUUUGUCGGAAUUCCAGGUCUGAGACUAACCAGGAUACGAAACCCAAAAGCCCGGUCUCGUAAGAAACGCUGUAAGUUUGUGUGGACUCUCACUCUGGUGAAAAGCAAAAGCAAAGAUUCCCAAAUACUAGAGAAUCUAAGUAAUACUCAAGAAAGCAAAAGCAAAGAUUCCCAAGUCCAAGAUGAUCUCGGCAAAACACAAGAAAUCAAAAUUCAAGAGAGUCCGAGCAAAGUAGAUGAAAGCCCCAGCCCAGAGGCAGAACUUCCAGCUAAAUGUGAUGAGGAAGUAGAUAUUUCUACAGAAGUAGAAUCCACAUCCACUCCUUCCAACAUUUUGGAAACUGGCUCUUCGCAGGAGUCACAAAACGUAGAUAACACUGUUGGUGAUGUAUUUCCCGAAAGCACAGAGAGCCCCAUGGCAUUUCAGAAGGUUGAGGAGAUCCCAGAAAAGGAAAGUGAGGAGGUUCUUGAAAGGUCAGAAAUUGGAACCGAAGCACAUGCAGAAGAGGUCACUCAGACGGACCCUGAAGAUCUGACCAGUAAUGUUACGGUUCCACCACUUCAAAUCAAAGUUGUCUCCUCACCAGGUAAAAAAAACAGUUUUAAGCAGUCCUUUUUAAUUCAUCAAGUCACAACCUCACCUGAAAGAAAAGAACCCGCAAAAAUUGAAGACCCUCAAUGUUCAGAGAAGAGUGUGAAUGUGUUGGAAAUUACUGCUGCCACUCCCGCCCCCAAAGUAAGGAAAAGGCUACGUCAAAACACUGCUCGGAAGAAGCGUGCAAGACAUAAACACUGGACAAUAUACAGGCGAAAAUGUAAAUUGAAUGCAUCUCAAGAAAACCCAGCCUCUGAAACUGCAACUGAAACCGAAUCUCAGGUGGAGGAUUCACCCGUAUCACCAACCGCAGUGCCAGCAGCUGUAGAAACCAAACCAAAUAAGCAUUUAAGUGAAGUUAUGCAUAAAAAAGGUAAAUGGUCAGUUCCACCAACUACAGAACCAUUGCCUGAAGCUGCAGAACCUCAGGACAUCGAACAAACUGUUGAGUCCCCUCCAACUAGCCCAUUUCUUGGGUCAGAACCACAGCCGGAAAUAAAACUUGAGGCACCAUCAAUUGAAACUGAAGAGGUUCUAGUAUUAGAGCCUUCUGUAAAAGAUCAUCCACAGGUAUCUCGUCCUUUACGCAGACAAAUGAAACGGGUCAGACGAAGACGAAAAUCUUUACUUGGCAGGCGGAUUAAAAACCCCAAAUUGCAAAAGAAGGAGUUGUUUGAGGUUAGUGAAGACUGCCCACCAUUGACGGGCUCUGAAGUAGAUGAGCCUAAACUCUUUGGUAUAUUCUCAACAAAGUACAAGAGAAAACGAAUAUCGAGUCUUCAGUCAUUAGAAGGUAGAAAGAAAAAGGCCAAGCUCUUAUCAAAGCAACUGGAUAACACCAACGGAGAUCAGCUUUCUGAUCAGACCGAAAAGGAUUCUGUGAUUGUGAAAACGGACCAAGAUCAGGACAUCCAACAAAGCAAAACGAAGUUCAUGAAGACCAUUAGACAUUUCAUAAUGCCAGUUGUGAGUGCCCGAUCCUCUCGGGUUAUCAAAACGCCAAAGAGGUUCAUGGAUGAUCUUGGUAUGUCAGGCCUUCCUCGCAAGAACUCCCAAAAGAAGCUUGGCCUACAACCAAAGUCAAAGAAGUGUGAUUCUAGUGAAAAAGGUGAACCUGAAUCCCUUGAUUCUAAGGAUGAAGAUAACAGUCUGAGUGAAGCUGAUCUGGAUUUGUUUUCCACUUGGGAAUCAAAACCUAAAUCACCCGAUGACACUGAGAUCAGUGAGGAGAAGCAGCCUGGGAAAAGACGAUCGCUACUCCGAGAUCCUGGUUUCAAAUGGGGAGUACCGAAGCCUGCCAGUGACGACGUGUAUGCCUUCAAUGAAGAUCUUGACAAAGAGUUGGAGACCUUGCUAUCUGCCAAAGAUUUCACCGUGGACCCAUUUCUUGAUCCCAUCCAAAAGAAGAAAAAGUCCACCAAAUUCAAAGUCCAAUCGUCAAAAUUUAGGUUAUACAAAAAGCUUAAACUCAAACAGAGUCUGGCAAGGCGUAAAAAGGCCCCAAAGGACAAAAUGGUUCAAGUUGUUUCAUCCCCUGCUAAGACACAGAAGAAGGAGUUGGAAGAAGGGGCCAGUCUAAUAAAGUCUCUCAGAGACAUGAAGAAAGAAAAAGCAAAACUCAAGAUUGAGGAUCUCAACAGCCCUGGGGUUGUUCGCAAAGUCUCCAUCUGUGUCCGAGCUCUGAGUGCCAAGUUGCUGGCACAACACCAGUCAAAAGACAUCCAAGAGGAUGAGCUGCCAGAUGAGUUCUCCAUUCAUACAGACAUCUCACUUCCAAAUAAAUGCAAAGACUUUGAUAAGAUGCAUCAUGCAGAAUCAGAAGGGCCGGUUUCUGAGGACAUUCUGAAACAUGCCGUUGACAUUGAGGAGAAAACUGCCACUCAGCGCCCUCGCCUUACAGGAGCCAACAAGCGCAUGUUCAACCUCCUCAAGAAAGCCAAGGUUCAGCUCAUCAAAAUAGACCAGCAGAAACAGUUGAAAUCAUCUGGGCUCUUGCCAGAGGGAAGAAUCACUGCAACAAAGAGACAGAGACGAAAACCAAAAGAGCGGCUUGAAAAUGCCUGUCCCAACAAGACUGAAGCUUCUCCAGAGCAGGAACCUGCCAGAGGAGGGCCUCGCAUUAAGCAUGUAUGCAGAGCUGCGGCUGUGGUUUUGGGUCAGCCUCGUGCUAUGGUCCCCGACGACAUCCCCCGACUCAGUGCACUUCCCCUGCACGAGAGAUCAGAUAUAUCCCCUUCACCUGCAGGAAAAGGAGUUGAGUCUCACUCUGACCCAGAAAGCCCUGUAUUACAAGAACACAGGACACCCAAGUUUCGCCGUGGGAGGGCUCACUUAUAUGGGAACCGUUCCCGACGGUGUGGGGAGUGUAAAGGUUGUCUGCAUGAGGAGGACUGUGGCAGGUGUAUAAACUGCUUGGACAAGCCCAAGUUUGGCGGUCCCAACACAAAACGGCAGUGCUGUGUAUACAAGAGGUGUGAUCAGGUUGAGAAAAGGAAGGCCUUGAGGCUAAGUGGCAAAAUCCAUAAAGGGCAUGUGAAGAAGCGGCGCUCAUCAAUAAGUGUGGGUUACUCAAGUAAUGAGGAAUGUGAGGUUGGGGAUGGAAUCGCUCCAAUGUUUCCAGCCUCUCUGGGAGACAGUCCGUCUGUGCGGAAACAGCCACGCCGACACGUAAAACCACGUUCCUACUGCGACCUGCUGGAUUAUGAUUCUGACUUUGACUGGAUAGGAGGAUCAAAUUCCACCUCCCCAGCACGCAGAAGAACUCCUGGCCUUCGCAACUCAGAUUUUGUGUCAUUGGACGACUUCAUCGGCGAUGUUUUUGACGAGGGAGUGCGGCAUCGCAGAACAAGCUUCCACAAAGUUCCACACAUUAAGCGGAAAAUUGAGAAGAGCCCUCAGGAACAGACACCGCCCAGCGUCCUUGCAGCCCUCGCCAAUGGUUUUGCAGAGAGAGAACAGGAGCCCAUAGAGCCCACACACAAGAUCCGUGUUGAUUUUAAGGAGGACUGUAGUGUGCAGAGCGUGUGGGCGACAGGAGGUCUGAGCAUCCUUACUUCAGUACCCCUCAUGCCCCAGUAUGUCUGCCUGCUGUGUGCCAGUAAAGGCCAACAUGAGAUGCUGUAUUGUCAGGUCUGCUGUGAGCCUUUUCAUCGCUUCUGCUUGGACCCUUCAGAGCGCCCACUAGAGGAGAACAAGGAGAACUGGUGCUGUCGGCGCUGCAAGUUCUGCCGAGUUUGUGGUUGCAAGAAUAAAGAAUCCAAGCCUCUGCUGGAAUGUGAAAGGUGUCAGAAUUAUUAUCAUCCUGCCUGUCUGGGUCCCAACUACCCCAAACCCAGCAAACGUAAGAAGCCUUGGGUUUGUAUGACAUGCAUCCGGUGCAAGAGUUGUGGCGUGACCCCAGGAAAGAGCUGGGACACAGAGUGGAAUCAUGACAAGGGUCUGUGUCCUGACUGCACUAGGUUGUUUGAUCAAGGAAACUACUGCACCAUGUGCUUCAAGUGUUAUGAAGAUAAUGACUAUGAAAGCCAGAUGAUGCAGUGCUCCACGUGUAACCACUGGGUCCAUGCUAAAUGUGAAGGCCUGACAGAUGACUUGUAUGAAAUCUUGUCGAGUCUGCCUGAGAGUGUGGUGUACUCCUGUCAGCCGUGUUUACAAGAGCAGCCUGAUGGAGAGGACGUUAAUGGAGCAGUCUGGAGGGAACUGCUCGACCAGGAGCUGAAGACUGGCUUGGAGAGGGUGCUUUCUUGCCUGCUGAGCUCCAGCCCCACUAAGCACCUGGUCACCUGCAAAAAGUGCACUACAAUGGGUUCCCUGAACACUGUGGAUGAAAAUGUACCUGUCUGUGACUUCCGUGCUAUUGGAAAGAAGUUUGAGGAAGGCCUGUACACAUCCUUGAAAUCCUUUCAUGAAGAUGUGGUGAAAGUAAUUCGCAAUCACAUGGAAGAUGAGGAAAUUUUACCAGAGGACCAAAGACCCACUGCCCUUGCCCGCUCGUAUUACUGGAAGCUCUUAGAGGAAGUAUAUGGUUGGUUUAACAGUCGGGACCCUAAAGUAUGGGAUCCACGCUCUAAACAUCUGCCAGCCGGGAUGCUUGCGCAUGCUGUGAUGCCGCCAAAUUAUGAACAUGUUUAUGCUCAAUGGCGUGAGAGAGAUGCAUGUCACAAGAUGUUGGACGGCGCCCCACAGAUGACUGGAAGACACGUGGAUGUUAAAUUGGGAGAAGAGGAGGAUGUGUCCACACCUUUAGCCCAUAACUCUACAGGAUACUUUAUGGACCAUGGGGCAUUACAAAUGAACCUGAAAAGGAUGCAGGGAGGUUUGCUCUAUCUCGGGCAGGAUGAAUGGGCUCAUGUAAAUUGCACCAUGUGGUCUGCAGAGGUGUUUGAGGAGGACAAUGGUUCACUUCUGCAUGUUCACAGUGCUGUUGCAAGAGGUCGUCUGAUGCGCUGUGAGCGGUGUAACCGAACUGGGGCAACAGUAGGUUGCUGCCUUACUUCGUGCCAGAGUAACUACCACUUCAUGUGCGCCCGCUUUCGCAACUGUGUCUUCCAGGAUGAUAAAAGAGUUUUCUGUCACAAGCAUCGUGACCUUAUAAGUGGAAAAAUCAUCACUGGUCAAGGGUUUGAAGUACUACGGAGAGUUUAUGGAUUUGAAGGGAUUAGUUUUCGCAGAAAGUUUUUGACUGGAUUGGAGCCGGAGUCAAUCAAUUUAAUGAUAGGUUCUUUGCUAGUAAAAAAGCUUGGAAAGCUGAGUGAAUUAUCUGCCUGUCAUGGAAAACUUUUCCCCGUGGGUUAUGAAUGCUCUCGCUGGUAUUGGAGUACUGUGAACCCCUUAAAUCGAUGCAAAUACACAUUUCGCGUUAGGGAGGUCUGUCCAACUGUUCAGGAAAAACCAGUGGAAGAGUCAACUGAUCAGGGAGGAAACUGCACAAUUGCCCACAGCCCAUGCCCCCAAUCAGAAUCUGAAGCCCCGGGAGUGGUUUUAUCUUCAACUAAUCCUUCCACUGAAACAAAUUCCACCUCGUUAUCUAUCUUUGCCAAACCGGACCUUGGUGCUCGUCCCAAAAUCCCUUUACCCCAGAACAGAAGACCUGCUGGAGGACUAUCCAGACCACUGCCUUCUCCAGGAGCUGCCCCAACCAAACCUCACCACAUCCUGACUAUAAGUGAUUUGGAUGACACUCGAAGGCCACGACGGCAUAGCCUACACCCACAGAAUAGUGGUACCCGCAGUCACAUGACCUCCCCUACUCUUGGAUCUCCUGCAGGCCCAAUUGCAUCUAGAGCAGGUGGUUCCCACCACCCUAAAACCUCCCAGCCUACCUCCCCCAUUUUCCCCCUUGGUGCUACUGAAAACCAGCUGACCUCUUCAUCAGCUCGUCCUGUUGGUCGAAGUGCUUCCUCAGUCCGGGGUUCUGGAAUAUUGACUCCCAUUCUACCUCAGGACUGUUUUCACAGUCCACAAAGCAAG